AUGACAAAGGAUAUCGUAGUGAUUGAAGAGGGCCCUAACUCAGUUUCUUACAAAACGGCCAAUGAAGAUUCAAGCCUCUGCACUUCAACUGAGGUGGUUGUUCUAACUCAAAAGGUAAUUGCAGAGGUGAUUGGGACAUAUUUCUUGAUAUUAAUUGGAUGUGGUUCGGUUGUUGUGAACAAGAUAUAUGAUUCGGUAACAUUUCCUGGGAUAUGUGUAGCAUGGGGUUUGGCUGUGAUGGUCCUGGUCUACUCUGUUGGCCAUAUAUCUGGUGCACAUUUCAAUCCUGCUGUCACCAUCACUUUCACCAUCUUUCGGCACUUCCCUUUAAAACAGGCAAGUUCCCUAGUACCUCUAUACAUUGUGGCGCAGCUGGUUGGAUCACUUCUUGCUAGUGCCACAUUGUGUCUUCUGUUCGAUACAAAAACUGAAGAUUUCUUUGGAACUGUUCCAGUUGGAUCCAACAUUCAGUCUCUUGCCAUUGAAUUCCUCACUUCCUUCCUCCUCAUGUUCGUCAUAUCGGGCGUUGCCACAGACAGCAGAUCACCAAUGAUAGUAUGCUAUGUGGUUGCCCUACGAGGGAUCUUCCACAUUAGAAUUCUUGAAGCUCUUCAUUCUUCCGGUUGCCCUCUAACAACCUCUCCUGGCCAUCCUCCAGCAACCCACCUGCCAUCCGACGACGACCCUCCACGCCAUCCUUUGGCGACGCUCCGAUUUGUUCUCCGACGACGUUCCGAUUUGCCCUCCAACAACAUUCUGAUUGGCCCUCCGGUUAUCCUCCAACGACAUUCCAAUCUGCCCCUAGCCAUCUCUCGAUGA